GAAUAAUCAACACACAAACAAGGAAGGCUUCGACUGUUGCUUCUGCAAAAAUUGCUAAAGACGCUACUAUCGGUUCACGUAAACGCAAGAAUGAUUCCAAUAAUCCCGAAGAAGAACAAGAACAAAAUAAUCUUACCACUGAAGAAAUAAUUUCUCACGAAAACGGCGAAAAUAAUAAUAAUGUUGAUGAUUCUGAAACUCCUCCGGAUAAAAAAAGAAAGACAGAUGACCAAGAAGACCAUCAGCACAAUGGUAAUAUAGUUGAUCAUAAUGGCAAUUCCGUUGUUCAUGACUUACAAGAAAGUCAUCAUGACCAUGAUCAAGAAAUGACUGAAAAGGAACCUGAUACGAUUGAUGAUCAUUACGAAAAUGGAGAACACCACAAUAAUAAUGGGAAUAAUGGCAAUCUAACCUCUCAAAUUUCUCAAGAACCUGAACCUGAACCUGAACCGGUCCAAAGUCAAUCCAUCGAUACUGAAAUGAAGAAUGAGAAUGAACUCGCAAUGAAAAUGCCCGUUAAUACCCUUGAAAAGGGUCAUGUCUUAUUCCUUUACAAGCCAAAG